UUAAUCUCAGAAAUGAAGGGGCGGGCUGUACUUCAUUUUCUCCUCACAUCCUGCACUGACCCUCCGCUAUCCGCCGACUGGACAGGACACACGCCACCGAAACAACCUUGCUGAGUGUAAAAACACUUUCAUCCGCUAAUUAGCAACAGGAGAGAUGGGCAGCAUGUAUAAAGAUGAGCAGGGUGACUGGAUCACGGUGUGUCUCAAAUACCUGCUCUUUGUUUUCAACUUUCUCUUCUGGAUGGGCGGUGGAGUGGUGAUGGGUGUCGGGAUCUGGACUCUGGUGGAUAAAGGAGAGUAUCUGAGUCUUCUGGCCUCCAGCACGUUCGCCGUGUCCGCCUACAUCCUAAUCCUGGCAGGAGGACUGGUGAUGGUCACCGGCUUCUUAGGCUGCUGCGCUGUCAUACGUGAACAGAGGAGCUGUCUGUCCACGUACUUCUCCUGUCUGCUUCUGAUCUUCCUCAUCGAGCUGGUGGCUGGAGUUCUGGCCUAUGUGUAUUAUCAGGCGCUGAGUGAAGAGCUGAAGCAGCACUUGAGCAAGACAAUGAUGGAGAACUAUGCUCAACCUGGGAAAGAAAGCAUCACUCAGUCUGUGGACCGACUACAGCAGGAUUUCAAGUGCUGCGGCAGCAACAACUCGUUAGACUGGAUGCACAGUGUCUACAUCAUGUCCCAGGCGGCGGAUUCAAGAGUGGUCCCAGACAGCUGCUGUAAGACCAUCACUCCUCAGUGUGGAAGGAGAGACCACCCCUCCAACAUCUACAAAGUAGAGGGAGGCUGCAUUACUAAACUGGAGCAGUUUCUGGCUGAUCACUUGCUUAUCAUUGGUGCUGUGGGAAUAGGUGUGGCCUGUCUACAGCUAAUAGGAGCAGUGCUGACUGCCUGCUUUAUUUAUCUGCUUUAUAAAGAAGAGGAAGAAGACUUUUCUCAUGUUUGAUUGGCUUGUGCCAUUGUUUGACUCCUGAAGAGAUAUGCAAUGAGAAGAUAUGUGGAAUGGUGUUCACCUGUUGCCUGCAUAGGCGAAUUAAACUGGACCCGUACUGAAUUGCUUGGAAACGUUUUCUGAUACUCCAAUACACUGACACACACAGCCUUACUACUGUGCCCGUUUUUAACUGCAUGACCAAAUACAUCUACACCAAUUCAAGGGAUUUGAUAUUUUUUAUUUGCCACUAUUUUAGACAAGCGUUGUUAUUGUUAAUUGUCUUUACAGAUGUUGUGUGUUGAAGUCAUUUCAAGGAAGCGAUCAGAAAAGAGUUUAAAGACAUGUAUUUUUGCUUGAGUAAAUUAUAUUAUCAUAUAUCAAAGUAUUUUUUAUAAACACAUAUUUGCUUAUGAUAAAUGUAUGCAAUGUGCUGCUAGAUCUCAAACAGGUGUGGGAACCUGCUAUUGGGCUCACAGAUACACUGGACCAAUGUCAAAAUGUCUUUUAGGACCAUUCAUAAUUAUAUUCUCUUUAAAAUAUAUAUGAAGCUCUGGGCAAGAUAUUGUUUAGCAUUGUCGACAGUUUAUUUUCUUAUCGAAAAAGAUGACACUUUUGUUUUAGGACAUUUUUCAGGAUAUAAAAAGUCCUAAAAAUAAAUGGAAAGCAUUUGAAGUG